AUGAAUUAUUCCUUCAACGAGGAUCAACAGUACGAAAUAAUGACAGAGAUACCACUGGAGCCACCAGGACGCGGUCUACGCAACAAGGUGGCACUUGUCACCGGAGCAGGAUGCGUCGGUGAUGGGGUUGGCAACGGCCGAGCGAUAUCAAUCAUGCUGGCCGAUGAAGGCUGCAACGUGAUUUGCCUGGACCGAGAUCUAUCGUGGGCCAACAAGACCGCCGAAAUCGCAAACUCGAAGCCCGGCCGCGGCGAGGCGGUGCCUACGCAGGGAGACGUCACCUCAUCCGACGACUGCAAAGCUGCUGUCCAACUGGCCCUAGACAAGUUUGGACGGCUGGACAUCCUGGUCAAUAACGUCGGCAUUGCUGGGGCACCGGGCACAGCUGUCGACGUGGACCUGGAGCAAUGGGCCAAAGGACUGGAGACCAACGUCAGCAGCAUGGUCGCCAUGGCGAAGCAUGCUGUUCCCGCGAUGGCCAAGAACGAGGGCGAGGUAAAGGGCUCCAUCAUCAACAUGGGGAGCGUGGCAGGUCUCAAGGGCGGCACGCCGCAUCUUCUCUACCCGACCAGCAAGGGAGCCGUUGUCAACAUGACAAGGGCGAUGGCUGCGCACCAUGCCGAGUCUGGCAUCCGGGUGAACUGCGUCUGUCCGGGUAUGCUAUACACGCCAAUGAUGUCUUCAAAGGGCAUGUCCGAGGAGGCGAGAGCUGCGCGCAAGGCAAGGAGCCUUCUCGGGACGGAAGGCAAUGCCUGGGAUGCUGCGGCCGCGGUCGUGUUUCUAGCCAGCAACCACUCGCGGUGGAUCACGGGUGCCGUCUUGCCGGUGGACGCCGGUACUACGGCCGCGGUUGGCAUUGGAAUGACGAAGGCUGCGAGUGUGAACGGAUAA